AUGAAGUUUUUGAAUGUAAAUUAUGUAUCAAAUUAAAAUCAAUUAGAAGAAAAUAGUUUAGAUUAACAAAAUAAUUUACAAACCUAAUUUUUAAUGAAUAAAAAGCUCUCUAUAAGUUGGAGAUUCAUAAAUAUUUUAAUAUAAAUAAAAAAUUUUAUAAAAAGAAUAAAAAACUAAAGUGCCAAAAUACGCUUUUAAAGAUUAAAUUAAACACAUAUCAAUUACAUAAACGACAAAACAUAUUUUUUUAAAUAAUAAUAAUAAUAAGAAGAAUAAUUACAUAUUAAUUAAAACAAAAAAUAAAAUAAUAUAAUAUAUAAUAGUUUUAUAAGUACAUUAUGUAAUAUAAGAUUAAUAAAAUAUUUAUAAAACAAAAUAAAUGUAUUUAAGCCUGAUAGUGCUUUAAUAAUUGUUUGGAAAUUUAUUCUUGUAAUUUUGCUUUUGUAAUAAAUCUUAUAUAUUCCAAUAAAUAUAUCGUUUUUAUAUGGAAGUCAUAAUUAUACAUCUGAUAUUUAUUUUUUUCUGUUUACUUUACCCAUAUUAGUAUUUUUUAUAGAUAUUUUGGUAAAUUUUAAUCUUGGAUAUUACUCAUAUGAGGGUUCUUUAAUAAAUAAAAGAUCCGAAAUUUUCAAAUAGUAUGUAAAGUAUAACUUUUGGGUAGAUAUUAUUACCACCGUUAUAAUUUCAAAUGAAGCUUUUUCAUAUAUCAAAUUAAUAUUUUUGAUAAGAAUUUUCCAAAUCUAAGACAUAAUUAAUAAUUUAGAUGAGCGAUUUUAAAUUUCUCAAAAACAUAUCACUUCAGCCACCCUUAUAAAGCUAGCAAUUUCUAUUAUUCUUGUAGCACAUAUGUGUGGAUGUGGAUUUCAUUUAACGAGUACUUUUAAUAAUGAGAAAAAUUGGAUAUUGGCUAAAUCUUUUUAGGAUUCAGAUUGGUAAACUAAAUACAUUAAUAGUCUUUAUUUUUCCAUUAUUACUAUGGUCACUGUUGGGUAUGGAGAUAUUACGCCUUAGAAUAAUAUAGAAAUAGUUUAUACGAUUUUUAUUACUUUAAUUUCUUGUGGAUAGUUUGCAUAUACAGUAAAUGUAAUUGGAACGUUAUUUUAAGAAAAAGAAAAAAGAGAAGCUAUUAUAAAGUAAAUAUAUAUAUAUAUAUAUAUAUAUAUAUAUAUAUAUUUAUAAUAUAAUAAUUUUUUUAUUUAGAGAAUAAAAAUAUUAAUUAACGAAAUAUAUGUCUAAUAGAUAAAUAGUUAAAUUGAUUCGCCUGAACAUGGAUUAGAUAUAUUAAAUGAAAUAGAUCCUACUCUGAAAAAUAAGGUUAGGUUUUAAUUUUAUUGGAAAAUACUUAAAAACAGUAAGAUUUUAGGAGAAUAUUUUAGUGAUGAUAUCCUUAAAAAUUUAAUUUAAGUUAUGAGAGAAAAAGUAUAUGCACAUGGACAAACUAUAUAUUCAAACUAAGAAAUUGAUGAAGAAAAUCGAAUUUUUAUAAUAAUUAAAGGAGAAGUAAAAUUAACCGUGAAUAAUUAAUAAAAAUAAUAAAUAAAAAUAGAUACAAAAUAUGUACUUUAUAAAAAAAAAAAAAUAUAGUAUUUAUAAUAUAAAAGACAAAUGAUGCCUUUGGACAUUAUUCGUUUUUUACAUCAAAUCCAAGAGAAUCUGAUUGCGAAAGUGUAAAUAUGA